AUGGGAGACUCGCCGCAGAGCGUUAUCCCGAUUGUCGAUCUCGCCGCUUCGGCCCCGACAGAGCAAGCUGCCAACGAGCUAUGCAAGGCCUUUCGCGAGGUGGGUUUUGCGUACAUAAAAAACCACGGUAUUCCAGAAGAACGAAUCGAAGAAGCAUUCUCAUGGAGCCACAAGUUCUUUAAUCUCCCGCAGAGCGAAAAGGACAAGGCGCCUCAUCCGCCCGAAGGCUGGUACCACCGGGGGUACUCGAGCGUCGGCCGCGAAAAGGUCUCCCAGAAUGUCUUUGACCCGAACUCGCUCGCGCAGCACCGCAAGAUCCCGGACCAAAAGGAGUCGUUUGAGCUCGGCCGGGAAGACGACGCCGUCAUGCGCAACAUCUGGCCGCCCGCAGCCGCGCUGCCCGGCUUCCGCGAGUUCCUUGUCGACUUUUACGGCCGGUGCAACGCGCUCGAGACGACGCUGCUGACCACCGUGGCCGUCGGUCUGGGCCUUGAUGCCGACUUUUUCGAAAGCUGCCACCGCGGACGCGACAACCAGCUGCGGCUGCUGCACUACCCGCCCUUUGCGGCGGAGCUGCUCGAGCGCGGCCAGGCCGACUGCAUCGGCGCGCACAGCGACUUCGGCACCAUGACGCUGCUCUUCCAGGACGCCGUCGGCGGGCUCGAGAUUGAGGACCAGCACCAGGGCGGGCGGUUCCGGCCGGUGCCGUACAUACCGGGCACGAUUGUGGUGAAUAUCGGGGACAUGCUGAUGCGCUGGACGAAUGACGAGCUGCGGUCGACGAUUCACCGCGUGCGCACGCCGACAGAGACGGAAGCGAAUCCAGAGACGUGCAUGCGAAUGACUAAACGCCGGUAUUCAAUUCCGUUCUUCAUCGGCGCGGAUCCGAAGACGGUGGUGGAUUGCGUGCCGACGUGUCAUGGGCCGGAGCGGCCGAAACGGUAUGAGCCGGUGACGACGCAGGAAUACUUCACGAUGCGGAUGAAUGCGCUGUAUUAA